AGAAGUCGCUUUUAUCAACAUUUUAGGGAAAAAGCCAAUACAUGGCAAAGAUAAUUUAAUAUCUGUACAUUUAUAUAACCCAUCUAGAAUGCUGUCAGUUUCAGAUAGCGUAGGUGCAUUGAAGGGAGGUAAUGGGUAGUGCAUUCAUGACAUAAUAAUAGUGCGUUUAUUUACAUUUAACAAAUAUUUUUUUUUUCCUUGAAGUCGUUAGAUAACCCAAUAAGAGCGUGACAGCAUGACAUAAUUUCGAGACUAAAGCGAGAUAUUCCCCGUAGAGAAUGAUUUUAAGGACUCCAUGCCAUAAGGAGCAGCCAUGCCUUCAGAAGGUUUCAUGACCAGUGUUGGUUUCAUUUUAUAUAGAUGCGCAGUUUUACUUAUUCAAGCUGAAAGAUAUUUAAUAUUAAUCAUUUAUUUUCAGAAUAAACGUAAAGCAUUCACAGAGACAAAGCGAGAUGACGACAGUCAAAGUUGCGAAUCAUGAGAAUCCAAGCGAGUCAGUGGAGGUACCACGAGAAAGUCUUCUCGAAGCCUUCAGCUCCUAUACUACGCUACACGGAUUCCAUUUUGCUCUUAGUAGUACAAAUCGAGUGCGUCAAAUAAUCUGGAUUCUCCUCCUGAUAUUAACCUCGGUGGUGCUAAUCUACCAACUCGCAUACAGCACGCAGAGAGUUCUGGAAUAUGCUAGUAUGGUCCAGGUAGAGACAAGAAAUGAGGACUCCAUUACUUUCCCAGCUAUCAGUAUUUGCAGUAACAAUAUGAUGCAGAAAAGUAAGAUUCUGGGAAAGGAUGCCCAGAGAUAUUUGGAUCUUCUCGAUCAGAAGAAGGAGGACCAAUGGGACGCUAUUAGUCAAAGUUUCAGCCCUGACUUUGAUAUUGAAAAAGCUGUCCACCAGUAUGGUCUGAAUUUGUCACUGGCGAUGAAAAGCUGCCAUUACGGCCGCUACUUGAAAUGCAACCCGAGCCAUUUUACAACUUUCAAGGAGUUUAGGUACGGUCUGUGUUAUACGUUCAACUCUGGUAAGAGAGAAAGUGCAUUCAUUUCACAUGACACAGGCCCCACCUCCGGCCUGUCAAUCACACUAGACGCUCAGCCGGAGGAGUACUAUAGUCUGUACAGCUCCACGGGCACAGGAUUUCGCGUCAUCGUCCACGACCAGUCCGAGUUUCCCUGGGUCGAGAAACACGGCUGGGAGAUCCCCCCUGGAUUCAGCACUAACGUGAGAUUGGCUAGAAAAGAGAUUAGUUCUCUGGAAUCACCAUACAACUCUAACUGCUCCCGUGACACAAACUACGCCUCUCAAAGUUACUGCCUUGUUCAGUGUUACUCGGACAUGGUGGUAAAGCGCUGUGGCUGCCAUAUGCUUGGAAUGACAGAGGAAACAGGUCAUACGCCGUGGUGCUCACCGCAGCAGAUUAAGGCAUGCGUGUACACUACAUCAAGGAGGUUCCAGCCGAACAUGUGUAGCUGUCCUGUGAGGUGCAGCCGUGUUGAGUUCGAUGUUCAGCUGUCGUCGCUGUAUUACCCACCUGACAACUUCUGGGAAACGAUUUCCAAUGAAAGAAACCUCACAAUAUAUGCUAAUGACACAAAAAAAUUCCAAGAAUGGUACAGAAGGCGAGUUAUCCAGCUAAACGUCUUCUACAAGGAACUUACCACCGAAGUUCGCAAGGAAAAGGAGGCGUACACAAUAAGCGAUCUUGCAGGUGACUUUGGCGGCAAUAUGGGCUUGUUUCUAGGCUGCAGCAUUCUGACUAUAGCAGAGUUCAUUGAUCUUCUGGUCGUGUAUUUGGUUCAUCGACACAAGAAACGAACCGCUAAAAUACAGUGACAUUUUACAUGCACAAACGUCUAAAAGAGCGCAGUAAAAGCAGAGGUGCUGUGGUCUGCAAGGGCAGUAUUCGUUUCAGAAAGAUAGCAAAGGAUAGACGAACGACUGCAAAAGAUAGCACGGGACUGUACUACAGCUGGUAAAGCACGGUAACAUUGGAUUUUAGUUGAGUCGAUUCAACGGCUCAUGAUGGCUGACGAGCUGCACUAUUAUUAAGAUUCUUGUACACCUAUUUCAUAAAACAGCGCAAAUGGCAAAUGAAAAUUGCGAAAUGGGAGAUCUGCGACCGAAAGGACCCAUGGAUUGCUGUUUCACUGUUAAUUUUACCUUUUAUUUUAUUAUUAAUCUAACCACCCAUUUGAGGACAAACAUGAAAAUGCCAGACCAACCGAAUGCUUGCGGGUGAUGUUUUAUUGCGGAAACUCAAUGCUUCCGCCAAUUGGCCGCCAUGUUGGAUAUGGGGCUACGCGUUGUCACGCGGGUGUUCGGGGUAAGGAAAGCAAGGCAUAAGCCAUAGGCCGCCGAUUAGCCGACGGAUCGCUCUGGCCUUUUAUUUAUCAAUACGUACGUGUCUUCUAGAACAAGACAAUUAAUUAUUGGCAAGGACUUCAAAUAGGGUAUAGGUCAAACCUCUCGUCAUUUUGUGUGAAAAAUUAUACAUAGAAAAGUAAGAGGUAUUCACAUUUAUUUGAGCAUAUAACACAAGUCUACACUUACAUUACAGUAUCAAAUUAUUCAAA